AUGUUGUGCCGGGUGUUCGUAUUCAGUUUAGUCGCAGCUAAUCUCAUCGAGGCUUACAUUCAACUAGAUUACAGUGAACAAGGAGAACAGCUUCACACUUGUGAAAUUGACGGUCUCGUUGACCAAAAUAUCCAUCAACUACAUGGAAACCUAGUAAACUGUCAAAGUCCUCCAAUGGAAUGCUCAAUCGAUCCACAUGAGUAUUUGAUAAAAUCAAGAACUAACGUCGAGUGCCGUGUCCCAUCUGACGAUCUUUUCUUUUACGAUGAUAAAGCAUGCUCAUUCCGGUUCUACUAUCGUCGUAGUUAUUGUUUCUACAACAGUCGUUGUUAUAGUCUGACAAUGUCGUGCCACCCAGUUGCAACACCAACUCCACUUCUUCUGGGCAUUAUAUUGACUAUCAUCGUUGUUACCGUUGCAUUGAUUUUAUGUUUUGUCUACUGCAUUUAUCUCUGGUGUUGGAAAACUUCUGAACUCAGCAUUCCAAAACAAGAUAAAAAACUGGAAAAGGUCCGUCGAGAAAGUCAAAAAAAGAAACUCGAAGAAUCAGUACGUUAUCAACAUGAGCAUACUCCAAUGAAAUUGGAAACUUCAAUUUGAUUUUUUUUUAUUUUGAAAGUUAUUUGUAUAUAUUUUAUCAAUUGUUUUAUUUCAAAAACGUCAUCAAAAAUGAUCAAUAAAUUGUAAAUCAAUA